UUAUUUCGGAGGAUUUCGGAACGCACAUAACCCACGGAGGACCGAGUUCAGUUUUGUAGCACACGAUUGCUUUCAAGGAUCUUGUAAACGAAAAAAGAGAUCCGCGGUUCCGGCAAAAGCUUACAAAAAAAUGUCUCGUAUAAUAUUACGUAAGUCUGUAUUGUGACGAUACAUAUUUUCUGAAUCGCAUCGAACACGGUAUGAACUGCAUGUUCGAAGAUGGCCAUUUUGGCGGGUGACGUGUGCGUGCUCAGACAGCCAUAACGCGGCGGACGCGGCGCAAAUUUGACGCGAUCGUGUGAAAAGGUGCGUGCGGGAGAGAAAAACGCGAUCGUCGAAAAAUCGACCGAGUUCUCGGUGCGCAGCGCAGAAUGGCGAGAAAUCGGCGUUUAUAUCGCUCGAUGGUAAACAACGGACUCGCCGCGUACAAUUUUCCGCUGCGCUAAUAAUCGGUGUCUCGAAGAGGAAAGGAGGGAGGGUGGGGAGGCAAUGCACCAUGGGAAUAAUUUGCGACAGGCGCACGCGCAGAUCAGUUUACAGUUGGAGCUUGGAAGAAAAUGGCGUCAGCUAAGUUUUUAGAGGAAGCUCUGAGCACGGAUGUCGACGAAUCCGCAGUGAACGCGAUAGUGGGCUCCCUCGAGACGCAGCUCGUGACGUCCACGCCGACUCAGGCCGGGCAUCAAGCGAGUCCCGCAGCGGUCAGCCAGCAGAAUCACCAGGUGAACAGCGCGAUCUCCAACGGGGGCACCAUCGCCGCGGUACAGCCGCAGAAACAUGGGGUUUCGAACGGCGGCGGCGUGACCACCGUGAACAGUGGUCUGAUGACCCAGGAGGUCAGCAAGCCCAUCACCACGAGCACCCUGCUGCCGGUGAAUGUGGUCACCUCGAACGCGGUGGCGCCGCAGGUCAUCACCACGCAACAGCAACAGCAUCAACAAUCGUCAGGGAUACCGCCUGCCGCCUAUAUCAAUCAAGUGUCCACGACCAACCAGGUGUCGAGCAACCAGGCCACGCAUAUACCGAGCCUGACCAAGACUCACGAGUCGGUGAAGAUUAUAUAUCCCGGUGUCGGGCAAGUUAUAACUACGGGAGUGGCGAAUGCGAAUAAUAAGAUCUCCUUCCCUGUACAAACUGUCGGUCAGUUAGCGAACGGUACCCUGGGCAUAGCUUCGCAACCGGUGUUGCAAACCACAUCGAACGUUGUUCCCAAUGUCGGUUCUGUCAGUCAGACAGGUAGCCAAACAGUGACCACAGUGAAUAAGCCGACAGGCGCAGCUUUAGUGAUUAAGACUAGUGUAGCACCCGGUGGCAUGGUUUCCGUUCCAAUGUCUGUACCAGUCUCUGUGGCUGACAAUGCGGUCAGCACGGCGUUGCAGGCCAAGGCUGGAGUUACUUCGACGAUAGUACCCAGCAAUGUUCAAAUUCUCAAUGUAAAUACAAUGCGUCCUGCGACACCGGUAGCAGGGCAGCAAGCUAAUAAGCAAGUCACUCCAAGAGUGGUCAUCGGACAACACCAAUUGGUACAAGCGAGACCAGGAGCUCCAGCGAUAACAUUACAGGCACUUCAUGGUCUUCAACCUGGUACUCAAGGUCAUCUAUUAUUAAAAACAGAAAAUGGACAGUAUCAGUUGUUGAGGGUAGGUCCAGCUCCGACUGCAGGUACUGCCACUGGUACUGCAGUUACACCGAAUAGUAUAACUGGCAAUGCAGUAGUUGCUGCACCAUCUCCAGGCACUACCUAUCGCCUAACUUCAGUGCCAGCUGUAAGUAGGCUGAAUACUCAGUUCACUGGCCCACCACUCGCCACCCUAAGAAAAUCUGUUCAGACUGUUGCACCUAUUACUACAUCUAUUACAACUCCAAGAACGACUACAGCACCUACAACUUCUGUACCAACAACCCCUACUGUUCAAACAGUUCAAACAUCUGUACCACCACGUCAAGCUGUUGAUAAUACCAAAGAAAAGUGCCGUAAAUUCUUAGCAAACUUAUUAGUGUUAUCUAGUCGAGAACCUAAAACGGUAGAACGCAAUGUCCGAACUUUGAUACAAGAUCUGAUUGAUGCUACGGUUGAGCCAGAAGAGUUUUGUGAUAGGCUUGAAAAAUUAUUAUGUGCUUCACCGCAACCAUGUCUUAUUGGAUUCUUAAAGAAAAGUCUACCACUUCUACGACAGGCGCUUGCCACAAAAGAAUUAUCCAUAGAUGGAAUAAAACCUCCUCCAGAGGAGACUCCUCCUCCUCCUCCAGUUGUUUUCUCCAUAGCUCCAGCUGUUGUUCCAACUAUUACACAGCAAACUCAGUAUAGACCUACAGUGACAGUUCCUGUAACAGCAACUGCAACAGCAACGACACAAGUAAGAGUUAUGGCACCACUUCAAACAACAGUAACAGCAGCAGUUCCAGCAGCUGCACCAACAGCAACAGCAGCAGUAGUUACAACAGUUCCGCGGCCUGCUCAACCUGUUCCACAAAGACUUAUUCGACCAGUAACAACAGUGGUUCGUAGUCCUACUACAGCAUAUACUGUAAAAUCGACACUACCAGUAACCACUGGAGUUCGUCCUACUGCUCCUGUUGUGCAGAAGCCACCUAUAGUUACAACAACGGUCGUAAAAACGGUUACAACUACAACACAAGGCAAAACAGUCAAUACAACCACCACUGUUAAUAAAGCCAUAGUGCCUUUUCUUGUUCAAAAACCAGCUGCAAAGGAAAAAGAGAAAAAAACGUUUUCAUCAGCAGGAUAUACAGCGGAUGACGAUAUAAAUGAUGUAGCAGCUAUGGGUGGUGUUAAUCUUGCAGAAGAAUCUCAAAGAAUACUUGGUUCUACAGAAUUUGUUGGUACCCAAAUACGAUCUUGUAAAGAUGAAGUAUUUUUGCAUAUGACACCAUUACAACAGAGAAUUAAACAAAUUGUAUCCAGUCAUAAUCUGGAAGAACCAAAUCAAGAAGUAGCAGCAUUAAUUUCGCAUGCUGUGCAAGAAAGGUUAAAGAAUUUAGUAGAAAAAUUAGCAGUUAUUGCAGAACAUAGGAUAGAUCUUAUAAAGGUUGAUCCUAGAUACGAAGUAACACAAGAUGUAAGAGCGCAAUUAAAAUUUUUGGAAGAUUUAGAUAAAGUCGAGCGUAGGAAACACGAAGAACAAGAACGAGAAUUACUUUUACGUGCUGCGAAAAGUCGUGCAAAAACAGAAGAUCCUGAGCAAGCCAAAUUGAAGGCUAAGGCCAAAGAGAUGCAACGUGCCGAAAUGGAAGAAUUAAGACAAAGAGAAGCAAAUUUAACAGCUUUACAAGCAAUUGGCCCUCGCAAGAAGCCUAAGCUCGAUAUAGCGGGAUCGACCAACAGUUCAGGCGGAACUCCUGGCGCAAACGCAUCGGCCAGCGGAUUAAAUAGACAAAUGCCAAUGAGACCACGUUUAAAAAGAGUGAAUUUCAGGGAUUUGUUAUUCCUUUUAGAACAGGAAAAAGAAACGUGUAGAAGCACAACGUUGUAUAAAUCGUACUUGAAGUGAUGCACUGUCAAGGGCAGGAACUUUAGUGACCCGCCCGAAAUCUGGCGCUCUAUCUGCAUGGUAUUUUACGAUCCGGGCUGGAUGGAUCGCGUGACGUUAUUUUAUGCUGUAAUGUACAGUGUUUCAUCACGAAUUAUAUAUUGCAAUGAGAUUCAUUGGCAGUCGACUUGGAGAAUCCCGCAUAUAUUCAAAAUAAAAUUAUUUCCACUGUGUCGAUACUAAGCUUCCUUAUUGUAAAUGACUGAAACGUUUUUUAACUGUAGUAUACAUUUUUUAAAUGUAACAUAAUAGUUCUUUAUUUUUCAACACGAAAAUCGCAUCAAUGAAAGGAGCAAUGUGUAUGAGCACAUGUCUCGCAAUUAGUCUCUAUAUAGUCUUUUCGUGGCAAGGGAGAACGUUGUGUCUGGCCAUAUACAGUGCUUCCUCGUUACAAGAAAUAUUUUUCGCUCCACGCUAUGCGAUAACGCGAGUUAAUCCUUCCCCUUUUUCUCCCAUAUUUUUCGAGCGAGCGAGCUCAAGCCUUAUCUGAUGCUCUAUUUUACUCGCUCAUAUUCUUGUCUCACGUUCGUCUAGAUCGUUCGACCGUUGACAAGAUUUGUAAGGCAGUUCCUGGAAGGUAAAUAAGUUUGUGCUCACGUUAAAGGAUAGCGAUCGAUCCUGAAUAAUAAUUUUUUAACGAGGCAACAUUGUAGAAACAUUGUUAUAUAAUGAAUACAUGAAUGCUUGAAUGCAUUAAGUGAAUGAGUGUACAUUGUCGCUAUGUAUAGGUUCGCUACAUUGUAAUACUUGACCUAUACUUUUGGACACUGUAGCGCUAGUGUAAAAUAAGAAGGUUUUAUUAUAAUAGUAAAUCGUAUUUUUGCAAACUGUAUAAUGUAAUAAUAAUAAUACCAUGAGCACACUGUCCAAAAAGUAUGGAAUAAUUUGUACAAUAUCUUACAUAUAAUUACUAAAUAGUGAUAAUUUCAAUGUUGGUACAACACAAUAUAGCUACUCUCCACUGGAAAAUGGAAUUGUUAUCAGUAUAUUAUGUUGUAUAUUGCGAUCUACAUUUUCAGUGUUUAUAAAAAAAUUAGCUGUUACGUUUUUUAUUAAAGAAAUAUUUACAAAAAUAAGAAUAACCAAUGUUCUUUUGAGUGAUGUUAAUUUAAUUAUUUAUAUUUCUCCUUUUUGAAAUUGAUGCGUGAUUUUUGCUAAUGAUAAGAUAAACUUCCGUAGAAAGUUAUGUUUUGCAUAAUCAAUUAAAAUAAAUUCAAGGAGUACCUGAUUUACAUGUAAAAAGAAUAACCACAAAUAUGUAUGCGUGGGUGCCUGAGAUCAUAGAGAAUAAUGUUUAAAAUAUCGAAUUUUCAUUAUUUCUUUUAUUGUGUCAAUAAUUUUAUACUAUCUGUAUGCCCACACAGUAUAUUCUUUCAAUACAAUUAAGAAAAUAUUACAUGUA